AUGCACUUCUUUUCAUUGGCAAGCAGCCUUGCUCUCGUGAGCUUGGCACUCGGCACUCCCGCCCCUCCCAAGACCAUCGUGGUCAAGCCUGUCCUGUGCCCAGCGAUCGAUUUCAGAAAGAUGAACACCGUCUUGACUGCCGUUCUCCCAAAGACACCCCGCACGAUCAAGGAAUGGCCUUGGGGACAGAUACCCAAGACAUGCAUGUCCCAAACCGAGAGGUUGAAGCUUGAUCCCUACAAAAUGAAGGUCUACGAAAUCCUGUACGAGGAUUGCCCCCGCCCGUGGUACGUAUGUCGCCACGAGACAGCCGAGAUGUCCAUCAAAGCCAUCGCCGAGAACUUUGGCCGUCUCCCUGUCGGUCUGCGGGACUUUGUCCGAUACCAAUUCGCUACUGGCCCCCGCAAUGGUGCAGCUGGCGGCACAGUCGUUCUGCCCCGAGGAGACGUGACCUAUUGGGGUAAUCUUACCGACUACCAAAGCACUUUUGUCCACGAGGCAGUUCACGCUGCUGAGUACUAUCGUGGGUACAAGAAGUAUGGAGGACUCUACGCGGAAUCGAAGCAUUGGAUGGACGAGUACAACAAGGACGACUGGCGCAGCGAUGACAAAUCAGCAAAGUCACCUGUUGAGGCUUUUGCCCAGAUGGGUAUUCUUGCCUUGAUCGACAAGCAUCUCCCAGCCGGCUUGACCAUUUUCGAGCCCAACUUCAAGCUUCUGUCUCAUCAACAUAACGCUUUGCUCGAUCUGAUUGGCGACGACCUCGACUUUGGCGUUACCUGUAACCGAAAAGAGCCUGAUGACGAGCCUAUUGUCUGCAUGGGCCCCAAGGUGGAUUGUGCGAACAUGCCAGAUCUGAAGUUCAUUCCUCCCAAGGAAAGUCUUGACCCUGCCCACUUCGGGGUCUGGCGAUCAGGCUCAGUGACCGGCUGCUAG